CCGAAAACGUGCGGCAGCUUCGCGGCCACUUCCAUUUACAAGUGGAAGUGUGCCGUCAACAUUCGAUCACGGGCGCUCCUGCGCGAAAAAGCUCGGCAGCCUCCGCGUCGAUGGCGUCGCGAUGCUUGCUCUCGCAGCUCGCCGCCUCGCCCGCUAGGGGUCCCGACCUCCGUCAACCGCCGCGUCGUCACCGCUCGCUUUCCCGCCAAAACCCCAUCAACUUCGACUUCGCCAGCGCGAUCGGCGGCUCGCGGCUGCGGCUCCAGCUCCCCGGGAGCAACCGGAGCGGAGCGUCUCGCGUCGGCGAUCGGGGCGCCGGCUCGAUUCGGGCGGUGACGGUCAGAUCCCAGCUGAGUUACCCUCUCAUAUCGCCUCACGAUAAGUGGGGCAGCUGGACUGCUCUCUUCGCGGCCGGCGCUUUCGGCAUCUGGUCCGAGAAGACCAAGAUCGGGAGCUCUUUGAGUGGGGCCCUGGUGAGCACUUUGGUUGGGCUCGCCGCCAGCAAUUUGGGGAUCGUUUCGUGCGAAGCUCCGGCUUAUAAGAUCGUCUUGGAGUUUCUGCUCCCUUUGGCUGUCCCCUUGCUGUUGUUUAGGGCUGACCUGCGCCGCGUGAUCCAGUCUACCGGGAAACUUCUCUUGGCUUUCUUGCUGGGAUCUGUUGCCACCACGAUUGGGACUGUAGUGGCAUACUUUUUGGUGCCAAUGAGAUCACUGGGGCAAGAUAGCUGGAAGAUAGCUGCUGCACUUAUGGCAAGACAUAUUGGUGGAGCUGUCAAUUAUGUUGCAGUAGCCGAUGCUCUUGUUGUUUCACCAUCAGUUCUAGCUGCUGGACUAGCUGCAGAUAAUGUCAUUUGUGCAGUUUAUUUCACCACAUUGUUUGCAUUAAGCGCAAGAGUACCUCAAGAGUCUUCAUCUGGCAAUGGAGGAGACUCUGUAAAUGGUGCUCUGGACACAGAAUCAGGACCUGGUAACAAGCUACCUGUUCUACAGAGUGCUACAGCCAUAGCUGUGUCCCUUGCCAUCUGCAAAGCAGGAACUUCGCUCACGAAAUAUCUUGGUGUUCAAGGGGGUAGUUUGCCUGCGAUAACAGCAAUUGUUGUUAUUUUAGCAACUCUUUUUCCUACUCAAUUUGGCAAGCUGGCACCAUCCGGUGAGGCUCUGGCUUUGAUAUUGAUGCAGGUGUUCUUCACUGUUGUCGGUGCAAGUGGAAACAUAUGGAGUGUCAUCAAUACAGCGCCUAGUAUAUUUAUGUUUGCCCUUGUCCAGAUUACGAUCCAUCUUGCUGUGAUCCUUGGAUUAGGAAAGCUAUUUGGCUUUGACCUGAAGCUGUUACUUAUUGCUUCCAAUGCGAAUGUCGGCGGCCCAACAACAGCUUGCGGAAUGGCAACAGCAAAAGGGUGGAAUUCUAUGGUUGUCCCUGGGAUUCUUGCUGGAAUUUUUGGAAUUGCAAUCGCCACUUUUAUUGGCAUCGGUUUCGGUGUAACCUUUUUAAAAUUCAUGUAAACUGUAAGGUAAGGUACUUAGCGGUCAUAUCAGCUACUGUUUAAAAAUCCAGAUCAGUGCCAUUUUA